AUAAAAUACCAAUUCAGUAAAACAAACACGUGCUUGGGAAGCUUUUCAUUUUUGGUGGUAAUGUAGCUUUGGCUAGAAAUUGACAAUACCAUAAUGAUGUUAAGCUUUUGUUUAGCUUGUCUGCUAACAGGUCUUGCUGUUUGUGCAAGUAUUGGAAAUGUUCCUGGAUAUAGCUCUAUCCACAAUGGUGGAUAUCCUGGAUAUUAUACUCCUGACCUUGCCUCUGGAGACUUGACCAAGCCCCUAAGGACCAAGAAUUUUGUGUACAGUAUUAAGGGUGCAUAUGGUGCUGGAAGCUCCCUUUCUCAAACUGGUUCCUCAGGAUCUGGCCAAGUCACAAGUGGUUCUAAUGCUGAUACUAGAGGUCUACAAGGUUCUCAGACUUCUGCUGGAAGUGGUUUUGUUUAUGGUGCUGUGGCUGAGGCAGGUGUCUCAGGCUAUGGCUCAAGUCAGUCUUCCGGUGUUCAAGGCUCUGAUCCUGUGCAUUCCUUUAUGUCAUUACAGCAGCACAAUGAAUCUGCUAAGCCACAACAGCACUCUUAUCUAGCCCUUCUGCAGACCCACAAUAACACUAUGGUCAUCCCUACCAACCAGCAACUUGUGCCAUCUAGCCAAGCCAGUGGCCAGCCCCAGAGAGGAAGUAUUUUGCAAGCUGGUUCCAGGCUGUUUUCAGGUACUAGGCCAGCCUAUGGUAGCUUUUUCUUUAAGCCUUUACAUGUUAAAAAUGUGUCUGUAUCACAGCCCAGCUACCCGAGUGGCCAGUCUGUCCCCCAGUCUAGCAGCCAACAACCAGCACAAGCUAGUAAUCCAUUAGUGGCCCAGCUCAGUUUUCAGCAGCCAUCCCAAGCUGCUGUCCAGCAUGUGUUUCUGCCCAGCAGCCAGCAACCAGCUCAAGCUAGUAAUCCAUUAGUGGCCCAGCUAAGUUUCCAGCAGUCAGCCCAAGCUGCUCUCCAGCCUGUGGCCCAGUCCAGCAACCAACAACCAGCUCAACCUGCUCACCAACUGGGGGCCCAACCUAGCAUCCAGCAACCAGCCCAUGGUACUCUUCAGUCUGUGGCCCAGCUUAGUUUCCAUCAGCCAUCCCAAGCAGCUCUCCAGUCUGUGCCCCUGCCCAGUGGCCAGCAACCAGCUCAAGCCAGCUAUCUGUUAGUUGCCCAGCCCAGCAGCCAUCAACCAGCCCAAACUGCUCUCCAACCUGUGGCCCAGUCCAGUGGCCAGCAACCAGCUCAAGCUAGUAAUCCAUUGGUGGCCCAACUCGGUUUCCAACAACAAUCCCAAGCUGCUGUCCAGCCUGUAGCCCAGCCCAGCAGCCAACAACCAGCACAUGCUGCACUCCAGUCUGUGUCCCUGCCCAGCAGCCAGCAACUAGCACAAGCUUCUCUACAGUCUGUGCCCCUGCCCAGUAGCCAGCAACUAGCACAAGCUGCUCUACAGUCUGUAGCCCAGCACAGUGGCCAGCAACCAGCCCAAGCUGAUUUCCAGCCUGUGGCCCAGCCCAGCAGCCAGCAACCAGCUCAUGCUAGUAAUCCACUAGUGGCCCAGCUCAGUUUCCUACAGCAAUCCCAAACUGCUGUCCAACCUGUGUUUUUGCCCAGCAGCCAACAACCAGCCCAAGCUGUGCUCCAACCAGUGGCCCAGCCCAGUGCCCAGCAACCAGCUCAAUAUAGCAGUUCAUUAGUAGCCCAGCUUGGUUUCCAACAAACAGCCCAAGGUGCUCUCCAGCCCAGCAGUCCAGUCCAACAGCCAGCAACCAGCCAGAAACUUGUGCAGUCCAGCCAAGCCAGUGGCCAGCCCCAGAGCAGCUUUUUCUUUAAGCCUUUACAUGUUAAAAAUGUAUCUGUAUCACAGCCCAGCUCACCGUUUGGCCAGUCUGACCCCCAGCCUAGCAGCCAACAAAUAGCACAUGCCAGUGUUGUGUCUGUACCCCUGCCCAUCAGUGCACAAGUUGGCUAUGAGACCAAGUUUCAGCCUAGCAGCCAAAAAGUGACAUUGCAGGCCAGUAGUGAGUCUGUAAGUCAGCCCAGCAGUACACUGCCAAUACAGGCCAUUUUUCAACCUAGCAGUCAACAACCAUUACAAGAUCAGUUAGCUCAACGCAGUGAUGGUCAACUAGCACAAGGCAGCUAUGAAAGUCUACAUUUGGCAGAAACCAGCUACCAGUCUGUUGCCCAGCCCAGUGGCCAGCAACCAGCUCAACCUAGCUAUCAAUUAGUGGCCCAGGCCAGCAGCCAGCAACCAGCCCAAGCUGCUCUUCAGCCUGUGGCCCAGGUCGGCAGCCACCAACCAGCCCAAGCUGCUCUUCAGCCUGUGGUCCAACCCAACAACCAACCAGCCCAAGCUGCUGUUAAGCCUGUGAUCCAACCCAGCAACCACCAAGCCCAAGCUGCUUUCCAGUCUGUGGUCCAGCCUAGUGGCCAGCAACCAACUCGAGCUGCUUUCCAGUCUGUGGUCCAGCCUAGUGGCCAACAACCAGCACAUGCUAGCUAUCAGUCUCUGGCACAGGCUAGCGGCCAACAACCAGUGUCUCAGAAAUACCAGCCUGUGUUCCAGCCCAGCAUCCAACGACCAGCACAAGCAAGCUACCUAUCUGUGGGCCAGCCAAGUGUCCAACAACCAACACCAGGCACGUACCAGUCUGUUGGCCAGCCUCAAGGACAAGUUUUUCAGAUCGGCUCAAAAUUGUAUUCUUGUCAGGAGUCUGCACAGCCCAGUAACCAGUUUGUGGCCCAACCAGGACAGUCCCAAUAUCAGCCUCCAUCUAUGCUUGCUCCAUCCCUGGCUGAGCACAGCACUGGCCCUCUGUUGCAAACCAGCUACGAAGCCCCAGUUAAAACUGGUCAAUCUGCAUCAUCCAGCUUCCUGUUUGCUCCUGAACAAUUACAAUCAAGGUUCCAGUUUAUGUUCAAACCUGCACAAAGUAGCUCUGACACUGCAGGUAAACCUGAUUCGUCCAGUCUGCAGUCUUUUGCCCAACCAGGACAAUCUGGUUAUGUACAGUCUGCAUUGCAGCCUGGAGACAAGCCUUUAAGGCCACUGACAUGGCCCACAUACCAACACCUAACCCAGCCUGGACAAGAGCGGCCCAGCUCUUAUCCCCCAACUAAGCUAAUGCAGUCUAACUACCAGUCUUUGGCCCAGCCCAGUGUCUUGCAACCAGCACCAGGAAAAUACCAGUUGAUGGCCUGGCCCAAUAAACCACAAGUUUCCUAUCAGUCAACCGAGGCCAGAUACCAGUCUGUGGCCCAGCCUAGUGGUCAACUUGUUCCAGGCAGCUUCCAGUCUGUGGUACAGCCCAGCAUCCAGCAAUGGGCACCAAGUGCUUAUGAGUCUGGGACUCUGCUUAGUAGCCAGCAACCAACACCAGGCAGAUACCAGUCUUUGGCCCAACCUGGUGGCCUACAACCAGGCAGCUACCAGCCUAUGGCACAGCCCAGCAUCCAGCAAACUGCACCAGGGAAAUACCAGUCCCUGGCCUGGCCCAACAGACCACAAGCUGGCUACCAGUCAGCACAAGCCAUUUACCAGCAAUUAGCACCAGGCAGUUACCAGUCUGUGGCACAGCUCAGUAGCCAGCAACCAGCACAAGCCAGCUAUCAAUCUGUGGCACAGACAAGUGGCCAACAAUCAGGAACAGGCAAAUACCAGUCUAUGGCUCAGCCCAGCAGACUGCAAACAGGCUUCCAGUCAGCACAGGCCAAAUACCAGCUUCAAUCAGGUCUGUCUUCAAGCUUUGAGUCUUUGUUAGCUCAACCUGGCCUUGAGUAUCCAAAACAACUGCUUUAUCAGAUUGGCCCUUCUCGAGAUGUCCCUAAGCCUGUUCAAAGCAACCAGAGGUUAUCCCAGAGUAUGUUAACUUCAGUCAAAAGUUAAGUCUUUCUGUUGGUUUUAAUGUGUGCUUUUGAAGUCAAAUAAAUGGCUUGUAAAUUUA